CGACAGAGCUGAGCUGCGAUGGGCUUCUAACUGUGCUCAGAAAACGAGCAAAUACAAUACUGCAGAGAGGGCACAUCGCAAAUUCAUCGCGCCUAAUUAUUGUUUGAACGAACUCCAAGUCAGCGAACUCUCGGUCUCCCGCAGCCAUGUCGCGCCAACAGGAGCGAGAGGCCCAGAUCUACCCCAUCGUAUCCGAAGCCGUCAUCCACAACACGAAGAUUCUAACGAACCUCCAAAAUGUCACCGCGUCCCUCUUCGGCGUAGCCGCCGGUAUUCUGGGCCUCGAAUCGUACGCCGGGUUCCUCUUCUACUUCGCCUUCGCCACCUUGGUCACCUUCCUCACAUACGUCCUCCGGAUUGCUCCCGAAUCGAUUUCCGCUGGAUUGCCGCUCUUUGACACCUCGCGGUUCUUUCGGCGAGCUGUCGACUUUUGGAUCGGUGCGGUGUUUAGUGGGCUGCCGGGGUUCAUUCUGACUUGGACACUAUUUUACGGCAUCGUCAGAGCCUGAUUGUGUCUGGACAAAAAAGAAGGAAAGGGUGGUCUGGUUGUAUGGAGGGGAAACGAGAUCCUCUUGGCGUCGCGGAGUCUAUCCGAGGUUAUGAUUUCUUAGGUAUUGAUCGACCGUCUUAUUCACAAACGCCUGCUUUCAGGAAGGGUAUCUCGACAGUGUCGCGAAUAUUGAUCUACUUUGAUUGCGCUCGACAGUUGCAGAACCCUUCGGA